UCUUGAGGCGGCGCGCAGGCGCACUGGGACGGGCGGCCGCGGAUUCAUGUGGAGGAGGGACUUUUUAAAGGAGCUGGAACUGGACGUGUGAAAUGGCUGCAAAAGUGUUUGAAAGCCUUGGGAAGCUUGGCCUGGGGUUGGCAGUUGCAGGUGGAGUUGUUAAUUCUGCUCUUUACAAUGUUGACGCAGGCCACAGAGCUGUCAUCUUUGACCGAUUCCGUGGUGUCCAGGACGUAGUGGUAGGAGAAGGUACCCACUUCCUCAUCCCCUGGGUGCAGAAGCCCAUCAUUUUCGACUGCCGCUCUCGCCCCCGUAACAUUCCUGUGAUCACUGGCAGCAAAGAUCUACAGAACGUGAACAUCACGUUGCGGAUCCUGUUCAGGCCAGUGACUGCCCAGUUACCACGGAUCUUCACCAGUAUCGGAGAGGACUACGAUGAGCGUGUCCUGCCCUCAAUCACAACUGAAAUCCUCAAGUCUGUGGUGGCUCGCUUUGAUGCUGGAGAACUGAUCACUCAGAGAGAGCUGGUCUCAAGGCAAGUGAGCGAAGACCUCACGGAGAGAGCAGCAACCUUUGGGCUCAUUCUGGAUGAUGUGUCCUUGACCCAUCUGACCUUUGGCAAGGAGUUCACGGAGGCGGUGGAAAUGAAGCAAGUGGCCCAGCAAGAAGCAGAGAGAGCCAGAUUCAUUGUGGAAAAGGCUGAGCAGCAGAAGAAAGCAGCUGUGAUCUCUGCUGAGGGAGACUCAAAAGCAGCCGAGCUGAUUGCCAACUCACUGGCCACUGCAGGCGAUGGCUUGAUUGAGCUGCGCAAGCUGGAGGCAGCUGAAGACAUCGCGUACCAGCUCUCAAGGUCCCGCAAUAUCACCUACCUGCCCUCUGGACAGUCUGUGCUCCUCCAGCUGCCACAGUGAACCCAGCUCCGCAGCCAUAGCUAGUCUGGGCACCUCUACCUGCCAGAUCAGCCCUUUCCAAAAGAAUCUUUGCAAUUUUCUUCAUUGGUAAAAGCUGAGGAUAUUAAAAUUCGACCUAUUUCAAAUUCUUAAUCAAAAUAAAACUGAACACUCUUGACAACAGACCUGCAUAUCCCUCCCAUGUAUGGUCAGAGCAGAGGCUCCUCUGGCCAUUAAGCUAGCGUUGAGAAUUGCCCCUUUCCAGGCAGUUUGAGCAAUAGGAGCAGAGUUCUCAUCUGGUCACUCCUGGGACAAACACGGAGCACAGGUGACUCCCUGGCCACACGAGUGCUCUGUCAGUCAGGUUUCACGGUCAUGCUUCAGUGCCUUUAGGCUUGCUGAGCCAGAGUCAUUACAGACUUGCUGGUCCUGAACUAGAGAACAGGAACACUCAGGACUUGCUCUUCAGUUGAGCCAGUCUGUUCUCAGGUGUCAGCGGAGAGUAGGAGGACAUCUCUGCUGUUAGGGCAGUGGCUCUGCUGUGCCUGUGUGAACCACAGCACUGCUUGCUGGAGGCAGAGGUUGAGUGGGUUGUGGUUGGGGGUGAGAAUAGCAGCAAUUCACUUUAUGAAGUAGAUGGAUUUCAGGCAGAGAGAAGAUACAUCCUCUGCAGGAAAUACUUACCAUGCAUGCUGGAAAUGGGACAUCUCCACUUCUUACCCCUGUCACUAACACGCUGAUCUGUUUGUUGCCACUCACCCUGUUGUGCAGCAACAGUUCUUUCACCAAGGUUGGUAAAAGCGGGAGUUUGCCUAUUGCAAACAGCACCUGGAACAAAGAGGGGUAACUUGGUGCUCUGUGGCUCAGGUGGUCGGAGUGGGCAGAAUUCUCUGUUACAUCAAUGCUCUUAUGUAGGGAAUCUGAAUUGUGAGGAGGAUGUGAUGGGUUUGAGAUUGUAUAACCAGCCUUCAAUAAAUGUCACAGUUCCAAGUG